GUUGCAGACAAAUAACAAGCUGUGUGAUUUUAUGCUUUAGUAUCGUACAUUAUUUUGAAAUUUACAAAAACUUUUAAAUACGUAUUAAUGAGCAAACAAAUUAGCUAUAAAAGCUAUUUCGAUGCAAAAUUUCUAUGUCUAGUUGAAUUACAUAGUUAUAGUUGUAUAUAUAAUCAUCACUAUUCACUAUAAUAUUGGAACAUUAUUUAGAUAACGCUAAAUUUCUUUUAGUUUUUUCUUGACAUUUGGCAAAUUGGAUACUUUUUUAGAAUUAUUUUAUUAUGCUGGAGAUACUGUAUUUUGUUGUUUUGUAGUAGUUAUGGCUGAUAGAAGGAAACUUCAAGGUGAAAUCGAUCGCUGUCUGAAGAAAGUUGCUGAAGGUGUAGAAACGUUUGAAGAUAUCUGGCAGAAAGUUGUUGUACACAGUGCAGCAAAUACUAAUCAAAAAGAAAAGUAUGAAGCUGAUCUUAAAAAAGAAAUUAAAAAACUGCAGAGGCUACGAGACCAAAUCAAGACUUGGCUGACAUCUAGUGACAUAAAAGAUAAGAGAUCGUUGCAAGAUGCUAGGAAAACUAUUGAAACUCAAAUGGAAAGAUUCAAAGUUGUAGAAAGAGAAACAAAGACAAAAGCUUAUUCUAAAGAAGGUUUAGGUGCCGCGCAAAAGUUAGAUCCAGCUCAAAGAGAAAGAGAUGAAAUAACAGCUUGGCUAAAUGCUUGCAUUGAAAGUUUAAACAUUCAAGUUGAUAAAUUUGAAGCCGAUAUUGAAGCUAUAAAUGUUACCUUGAAGAAGAAAAAGAAUGAUAAAGAGAAACAUGAUCAAGUUGAAGAAGUAAGAGCCAGGCUUGCUAAACAUAAAUUCCAUGUUAAUCAAUUGGAAACACUAUUAAGAAUGCUCGAUAAUGGAACUGUAGAAGUUGAUCAAAUAAAAAAAAUCAAAGAAGAUGUUGAAUAUUACCGGGAUUUCUCACAGGAUCCAGAUUUUCAAGAAAACGAAUUUUUGUAUGAUGAUUUAAAUUUAGAAGACAUGGAGGAUUAUUUGGCAAAACAGCAGGCAGAAAAUGAUAUUCUAAGUCAACAAUUAGCAAAUGAUUUGAAAAGCUCUUCUGUGGAUGAAGAAAGUUCUGCAAUUCUUUCAAACACUCCAACAUCAAUUGGUUCUGACUCUCCCAGUCACAGCCCAAGUUUAGAUAACCAUUCCACUGAUAUCUCUAAAGCUUCAGAUUCAAGCACCUCUGCAGCAAAUGCUGUUCCAAAGCCACCUUCUCCUGUAAAAUCCAUCAAUAAAAAUAGCUCUGUGUCAGAAAAUAGUGGUCCAGGAUAUUCUAGUGUCAAUGUGCAUAAUAACCAACCUGUGAUAAAUUCCCAAACAUCUUCCACACCGUAUUCCAUUGCUGCCGCUGGGUUGCCAAACAAUCAUAGGAAAUUGUCCACUGAACGUGAAAAUGCAUGGUCAUCUUCGAAUUCCAUGGAAGAGGAGCUCAAUAACAAUGUAAAUAUCAAGUCUCAUUGUCCAAAUUCAUCUGAAGCACUUCAUAACAACACUAACCAUCUUUCGAAAUCAUCUGUGCCUAUGAGCAAUUCUUGGACAGAUUCUAACAUUAGGCAUCGUUUUCGUGAAAAUGAACCAUCAUCAGAUGUGCAAUGUGAUUCUAGUGAUCAACUUACUUUUAAUAAUAGUGAUAGCCAACUACAUUCUGGGACUGAUGCCAAUAAAAAUGCAACUAUAUCUCUAAACUGCCAAAGUGACUCUUCUUCCGAAUCUUGUUUCAAUCCGUCUAUUCCUUCAAAUAUCUCUUCGACGUCUGUGAUUUUAGAUGAUGCACAAUCCACCAUAAAAAAUCAUUCGGAGCGACCUGUCUUAAACAGUGCGACGAACAGCCAUAUCCAUAAUUUACAGUUUUCAGCAUUACAAAGCAAAGGGUCUCAAUUAACGCACAAUAUUCUUGGAAAUAAUGCUUCAGAAAUCUUUAUUGACACCACACUGCCAUCCUCAUCUAAAGUAACACCUUCAACAAACACUGUGGAAAUAGAUCUUUCCCAGAUAUUUGGUGAAGUUCAUAAUCAUUACACAAUGGAGGAAGUUCAGAUUCUGCAAGCACUUGAUGGUUCAGCCAAACGUUUACCACUUUUAAUGGAUUCACAAAGACUGAGGUAUCAUGGUCCAGGUGGUCCUGCAUCAACUCCAGAAUACUAUCCAACAAGUGUGGCAAAUUGUAAUUCCAUGGAAUUUUUUCAACGUUUGUCUGCUGAGACUCUCUUUUUUAUCUUCUACUUUUUGCAAGGUACAAAAGCUCAAUAUUUUGCGGCAAAAGCAUUAAAACAGCAAUCUUGGAGGUUUCACACAAUGUUUAUGAUGUGGUUUCAAAGACAUGAAGAACCAAAAACUAUCACAGAUGAAUAUGAACAGGGCACUUAUAUUUAUUUUGAUUAUGAAAAGUGGUCUCAGAGAAAGAAGGAGGGUUUUACUUUUGAAUAUAAGUAUCUUGAAGACAGAGAUUUAAAAUAAGAGUUUACUUCAAAUUUUUAGUUUUUAAGUCAGCCUCAUGAGAAGUUUUAAGUACAGGAUUCUAUGUCACGAAAAUCAGUUUGAAAGACUUUCAUUGUCUGAAUAGUUGAGCUACAUGUAGAAAACUAUCUUUUUUUUUUUCUUUCACCAAGCAACUGAAUUUCAUUUAGAAAACAAUCUUUUGUAAAAAGAUUUUUUUUUCUGGCUCAGCAGUUGAGCUAAAUUUAGUCAAAAUUAUCUUAUCUUUAAAUAAAUUUUCUUUUUCUCAACCAGUUGUAAUUUCUCACUCAUAAUUUCCCAUAUUAUGCCGGAAAAAAAAAAGCCACUUGGAAUCUGUCAUAUGUAUCACAUAUACGAUUGUUGCAUUUUUCUUACCUAUGGUCAUUAGUCAUAAUCAACUGUAAAAUGAGGGUUUUAAAUUUUUUAAUUUUAAAUUAUAUUGUUAUAAUAGCAUUUGCGAAUUUUUAUUUUUAGAAUGAAAUUUGCUAAAUUUGUAAUUGUUGAUCAUGUUUGUAAAUAUUUUUAAUAAAAAUGUUUUUGGAGCUACUAAAGUGUUAUAUCUUUUAGUAGCAAGUUGAAAAUUGAUGCAAUAAAAAUGUGAUUAAAAUAUUAAAACAAAAGAUUUAUUGUCAUGGUAACUUAGUUGAUAAAAGUAUUUAAUAACAUUUUUCAAAAAUCUGUAUGUGUACUAAAAAACAUUAAAAUAAAAUUUCUGUUUAAUAUUAACUUAUUUUCUUGUUCUGCAAGCAAAAUUUUAUUUUGUGUAACCAUAUCAAGAAACAAGACUAUAUAUCAAUCUGUUUUUAUCAAUUUUAUUUAUUGCUGUUUAAAUAUACAAUACGUAUUAUUAAUUUAAAUUAUUUAAAUAUGUUUAGUUUUUAAAAAUAUAACUUUUCUCUGAAUUUCAUUGUUAAACAUAUUUUGGUGUUCUAAUGAAAGUAAAAAGAAUUUCGAACAAAUUUUGGAGUUGUAUACAAAAAACAUGAAUUUUUAUAUUUAUUAUUUUAAAAGUUGUUAAAAAAAUAAAUUGAAUUGCAAUAGGAGAUCUAUUUCAUAAAUUUUGCUCUCUAAAAUAUGUUUUUUGAACUGAAAGUAUUCAUUUUUAUAAUGUAUAAAUUUUUUUUUCUUCCAAAGUGAUGCAACAAUUGCUUUUAUUAAUAAACCAAAUUGAAAUACAAAAUUUACUACAAAAUUAUUUUAAAAUUUUUUUGUUGCUUGUUAUUAUUAUGCGUAAUUAUUAAAUGCUGUAAAUAAUAUACUAAUAACCUUAUAAAUAUUUGCUUGCAGAAUGUAUUGUGUUAUGAGAUUGUUUUGGAUAUACUCCAAUUCUUUAAAAAUAUUUGAAAAGUUUAAUUGAUUUCAUUAAUGUUGGUUUUUCUAAUUUAAUAUAAUAUAAUGAUUAUAUACUUAAAAUAGCUUCUUUUUUUAAAAUUAACGUUUUGUACUAUUCUAUUGUAUUUAAAAUAAGUUAAAAAAAAAGAUGAAGGAUUCCUACGAUUUUUAUUUUAAAUUGCUCUUAGGUUGUUAUUGAUUUAUACUGUUUCACGUCUGUAAAAUAAUGAAUAAUAUGUCCUAAAUCUUUUUUAAUUAUUAUUUCUAUAACGUUAAAAAUAUUUUUGAAACUAUCUUUUUGAGGAAAAUUUAUACUUGUUUUAGUGAGACAUAAGGAUUAAAAAUAAAUUUUAUGUUUAAAUUUUCAUACAAUUGCAUAGAUAUAUGAAAACAAAGCUUUUUAUUAAAAGAUACAAUAGUAUAUGAUCUUCUGUUGAAAAGAAUUUUGUAAUGGUUUAAAAUUAUUAUCAAAAUUCUUUUUUUCAAAUACAUUUUUAAAUAUUUAUUUGAUAGUUUUCAUUUAUGUUAUUCAACUUGUUACGAAAUGGUGAAUUUUUAUUGUAGUGUGUGCGAAAUUCAUUUCAUUGUAACUACGUAUGCUGAAUUUGUUAUUAUGUAAAAUUUAUCACUUUACUAAAAAUAAAAAAAAAUCACAACUUCUAAGAGCUUUGGAGUGGAUGGUUUAAAUUUUGACUCUGACUUAUAUUCUGUUGAAAUUUACCCUGGACUUUAGGAAAUAAUAUUAUCCUAAUCCUAGAUUCAUAAACCCAAGACCGUGCAAAAUAUGUGAACAUUUGUACAUUUUAAAGUAAAAGGGGCACUUAGUACCUUCCCAGCUUCUUAUUCAAAAAAAUUAACUUCUAAAUUAGUAGAUCGUUUAACAGAAAAAUAAUUCUAAGUAGAUCCUUCCUAGAUCAUUAGACGAAUAUUAUGAAUAAUGUCUCAUGCUUGUUAUGAAUCUAGGAUUAAAUAAAUAUUAAUUUCAAUCUUUUUCUUAUGUACAAAUAGAAUUAAAGGUAUUUUACUUAAAAUUUUUCUUACAUUAUUAGUUAUGUGAUAAUUUUUAAUUUAAGAAAUUUUGCUAUAAAUUAUAGUAAUUUGAGUAAUAUUUUUGUUUACAUAAUAAAUAUUUGUCUAAAUCUUCAUAAGAUCUGAGACUAAUUUCUUUUUAACUUUUGGGAGCUAAGUUUUAACUAAAUGAAGUUAAGAGCUCUGCUUAUUAUUAUUUGUGCUUACGUUCUCAAUAAAUUUUUAUGCGAUUAAUCAUAACAUGUGAUAUACCUGCAACUUACAAAUUUAAUAUCAAAAGGCAUUAUAAUUAACUUGUUACAUGGUGCUACUUGUGCAUUUCUGAUUUUGUUGCAUAUUAAUGUGAAAAUAUUUAUUGUAUUUAUGUUGGUUGUAAAUGUGUAUUUGUUUAUAAAAUUGAUUUUAUGUUUACUUUUAUUGUGCAACUAAAAUCAGAUUUACUUAUGCAUGAAAACUUGGAAAAUUAUACUGCCUAUGCUUUUAAGUGUUCCUUAAUGAUACAUUGUCUUCCCUUCUAAUGGAAGGAAACAGGGUGUCAUUUAUUUCAUAAACAAGAAUGCCAACUGUUUUGAAUUUUCAAUGUUCAUUGAUCCACUAAAAAGCAAUUAAAGUCUUCAAGAAUAAGCUUAAUAUUGUCAUUUAAUUCCUUUGAAUGCAGACCUGCCCAUUUUUUUUAAUAUCAAGAAGACUUUUUAAUAUUAAAAUCUUCUGCUUUCUUGCAAAAGAUGGAAUCUUCCUUUUUUGCUGUUCAACUAUCAAUUAUGUUUCCCCUGAUUUUGUCAGUUUUGGGUACAUUCUUGAGAUAAAAUUGGUGACAAGAUAUGAAUUUCAAAUCAUACAGCUCUGAUGAUAUUUUAAACUAAAAAACUUAUGAUUUAAUUUAGACAUUACAUAACUACCUUUUUUAUGGGAUCACUGUGAUAAAAUAAGUAAGUAAAAUAAUAAAACGUUAGUCAUAUUUUGGUAAUUAAAGAGUGAAGUUCAAGUUUGCAGGAACCCAAUCUAAAUCCUUUAGCAUUUCAAUAUGGAGUAAAAAGAAUUUUUAAUAGAAGUGGGGAAAUAAUAUAAAUUCAUCACAAUACCAGAAUUGAAUUAAGGCAUUGGAGAGACAGGUGAAGAUUUAGUACUUAUUUUUAAGUAUUAUACUACUGAAAGAGUAUUAGUAUUUUGAUAAAUUAAAGUAAUAAUAUGUAAAUUAAAGAAAAAAUCAAAUUUUUAUUAAUAAAAGUGGGCAGGUAUGUAAAUGCUAGUUUAAAUUUACAAAUUGCAGAAUAUUUUGAAAACUUUAUAACGUUUAUAGUAGAAAACUUAGACAACUGUUUGUAGUAACUUUUUAUUUUAAAUACAAAUUUAUCAAUGUUGGUUUAAUAUUGAAUUUUAAUUUCCUUCCUUCAAUGAAAUUUUAUGUAAAAAGUUUUUCAGCACAAGAUGGUUAGGGCUCACAAUGGGACUGUCACUCUUGAAAUGUUUCAAGUCAUUUAAGUAAAAUUGCAAAUAAAUAGAAUGACUUUUCCACUUUUAGCAGCUUUAAAUCACCUCCCCCCUAGAAAUAUACAUUAAGUGGCAAAAGGCAUUAUGUAACAAAACUUGCUUUUAUUUCAGUUUCAUAUUAGUAAAAGAUAAUUUAAAAGUAUUACUUUUUUUUACAGGGCAAACUAAAGAAAGUUGAUUAUGUAAAAAACUUCUUAUGUCUCAAAGAAGAAUGUUUUCAUCAAAUAGCGUUCUUUUAUUUUGAAGCGAACUUUUUUUCUGAAAGUUUUAAAUAGUGCAAAAUCGCAGAAUAUUUUUUUUCAACAAGAUAUUUGAAUUGGACAAUUAUAAUUUCCCGAUGCCAUUCAUAAUUAUAACUCAGUUAGAAAAUUUGCAUAGCUCAAUUAGAUUAAAUAAACUGCUUUUAAUGUAGAAAAAAAAACUAAUACUGACGUCUUUUUGUUGUAAACAUUUCACUGAAAUCAUGGGAGUGUAAAACGUUUUAAUGAAUAUUUUAAACUCUGCAGUAGACUUCCCCCCCUCCAUAUAUAUGUAAAGCCCGAAGUCUAGUAAAUCCUGGGCAUCAAAGUGGUUUGGCUAUCCGCAAAAGGUUGAAAUAGGAUCACAUUUCAGAGUACUUAGGACUUAUAGCAAGCCACUCUGGUAAAAUUUAAGAUUUACCAGAGUUCAUGAUUUUACAUAUUAGGUCCCAGGUUUUUACAAUAACAUAUAAUCUAGGUUUUUUCUUACAAGCCUGAUCUUUAUGAAAAUUAUAGAAAAAAAAAUACUGGCAUUUCUUUGCGCAAAAGACAGAAUAGUAUUUUUAAAGAGUUGGCAUGCUUGUAUUAUCCUUUCAUAAAUGUUUGGAAUCUUUUAUUUAGAACAAAGUUUUGUUUUUCCCGAUGGAUUGUAUAGUUAUUGUUUAUUUUGUCUAAGAUUUUGAAAGUCUUUUUUGCUGUAAAAAGUUUUCUAAUGAAUUCUCAGGUUUUUACUCCAUGUGACACUUGUAUAUAUUAAAGAUUGAAGACGGCCAUGACUUUAUAAUUUCUGUAAUGACAAAUAAAUACUCAUGAUGGUA